UCACGACACCCCAGUCUGUAAUAACCCGUAGCGAUUAAUGUACAGGAAGGAAUAUCGUAAAAUCGACAUUAUGUUAAACGUUGUGAUAAAUGCAACUGUUAAUUAUAUACUGUAUAGAAAUUAGGAAAAGGGAAGGCUAUAUACGGCGCCCACCCAUCAGUUAAAUUGACAAAAGUAUAAUAUAUACGGUUCACGUUUGAAGUGGAUGGCUCAUAUUCAAAGUUGACAUUUUCUUUAUUGUUUAAUUUAAUUAGUGUACAUAUAUUAUUGGUGUAUUGGAAUACAAAAAUUAAAUUUCGGACAUGUAAGAAAAGUGGUUACUAAACAAAAUUUGACACACAAGUAUUAUUCCUUUUUACAUAUGUUGUAAAGUCUUACAACGGCAAAACGAGACUUUAAUCGUAUGGCAGUACACUCACGCCAAAGAGGGACCUUCGUUUGACUAUGCAGACAGUAUAAAUACGUAUGUACACAGCCAAGUCCAGACGGAGCGAGGACGUUUAAUUUGAUGUUUCAUGUUAGUAGAGUUCUAAGAUGACAUCACUAUGUGAAAGAUGACGUCAGAUUUUUGUGAAGUUUGUGAGUUACCAGAACUUCCAAUAGAUCCAUUAACAAUCUGGGAACAUAUACCCUGCCCACUAGAAGAAUUUAAGGAAGAUUUAUUCUCUAACGAUUUACUGACCAAACUGGGACCAGAAAAAGGGAUGUCAAUAAUUCUGAAUAUAGCUAAAAGAUGUGAUAUUAAAGUGCCAAAACUAUUUCCAACAUCGGGUCACGUGAGUGGGGCUUGGAUUUUUGACACUUGUGGUCAGGACUGUAUCUCUACUACUGUUGGAAUUUGUCUUUCUGUUCUCCUAGUCAUGGUUGUAAUAACACUAGCAGGGUUUGCAAGGCGUGAGUGUGGUUGGUUCCAGUUAUCACGUGAUAAGUAUGUCAUUGAACAUAUAAGUACAAUUAUAUCCGAAGAUGGUAAUGGAAGUGAAUACAAAUUUACAACGAAAAGUCAGGAUGAUGAGUUAUCGUCAAUAUAUGUUGCUAGAUGGUUCAAGAUUUUUGUUGCAGAUAACUGCUCAGACAACGAACAUUCCAUUCACAAACAUUCAUCCGAUUCUCGCUGUAUCUGUAAACGUUUAGCAGAACAUAUAUAUGAAGACAUUGACAGUUGCAAAGGCGAAAAUGAGAAUACAGGGAUUCUUUCAAAGUCGUAUCGAAAAUACUGCAACACAGAUGAAGAUUUAGUGCUAAUGAAACAAGAAGGAAAUGAAUGUGAUUCAACAGCGGAAAUAUGUAGCAAUAACAUUUCCAACUUUCCCUCAAAUGACUAUGAAACACUGAAGAAACCCAGAAAUAACAAAGAUGCAAAUGGUGUCGAUAAUAACAAUCCGGUUUGUUUUAACGAAUCACCGAAUGAAUUGUAUUUACGACAAAUAGAUGAGAAUGAAUGCAUUGUUUUGCUCUCUAAUGACACUUACAAUAUAAAUAGCUUUGAACGUCUCAAUUCAAAUAUCUCCGCACAUUCUGGGACACCACUUCUUCGAAACGAUUCUUCUGAGUCAGAUUCAAUGAAUGCUGUUACCUAAACUUUUUCGUUUUGCAAUAAAACUAUAUAUAUUUUUUUAAUUAAAUGAAGUAUUUUAUUACAGCAAA